UGUUAACGCGCGCUUUGGGAAGGGGAAGGUGACGGGGACCCCUCGGCCCUGAGUCCUUCUCUGCCGCUCUCUUCGGCCACUCCUGGAGUUCCCCGCCCAUCUCGGGUCUUUCACUGGGCCAUCCUGGGUCCCUGCUCGGCCUCGUGCAGUCCGGGCGUGGCAUCCGCACGCCAGCCCCGGGAAAUCUCUCUUCUCGGGGUUCGGACUUUACUUACCCCCAUCUUCUCUGUCCUGGCCUGUGUUCACCCCUGUCUCCCGCAACUCACUCCUUCACUCCGACUCCGACCUUUAUCACGUCUCCUUUCGGUCUUGGAUUCCCCCUACCUCCUGUCCCCAUCCCAGACUUCCACCUCAUCUCUGCAUGGACGCUUCGUCUUCUACCGAGUCUCCCGAGCGCCUCGGCUAGCGGGCGACCCACUCAGGUCCUGCAUUCUCAACUGCUGGGUACUCCCUUUGACCUCUGGCUGAUGGGUACUUGACAUUUUAGGUUCCUGAGCCCAGGAUGAGGAGGAGCUUAGCUCCCAGCCAGCUGGCUAAGAGAAAACCGGGAGGCAGCUGCUCUGAUGAUGAAGACUGGCAGCCUGGGGCAGUGACUCCUAAGAAACGGAAAUCCAGAAGUGAGACCCAGAUCCAGGAAUGUUUCCUGUCUCCUUUUCGGAAACCUUUGACUCAGCUAACCAAUCGACCACCCUGUCUAGACAGCAGUCAGCAUGAAGCAUUCAUUCGAAGCAUUUUGUCAAAGCCUUUCAAAGUCCCCAUUCCAAAUUAUCAAGGUCCUCUGGGAUCUCGGGCACUGGGCCUGAAAAGGGCUGGGGUCCGCCGGGCCCUCCAUGACCCUCUGGAAGAAGGUGCCUUGGUUCUGUACGAGCCUCCCCCGCUGAGUGCCCAUGAUCAGCUGAAGCUUGACAAGGAAAAGCUCCCUGUCCAUGUGGUCGUCGAUCCUAUUCUCAGUAAGGUUCUGCGGCCUCAUCAGAGAGAGGGGGUGAAGUUCCUGUGGGAGUGUGUCACCAGUCGGCGCAUCCCUGGCAGCCACGGCUGCAUCAUGGCUGAUGAGAUGGGCCUGGGGAAGACGCUGCAGUGCAUCACGUUGAUGUGGACGCUUCUGCGCCAGAGUCCAGAGUGCAAGCCAGAAAUCGACAAGGCAGUGGUGGUGUCGCCCUCCAGCCUGGUGAAGAACUGGUACAAUGAAGUUGGGAAAUGGCUCGGAGGGAGAAUCCAACCUCUGGCCAUUGAUGGAGGAUCUAAGGAUGAGAUAGACCAAAAACUGGAAGGAUUCAUGAACCAGCGUGGAGCCCGCGUGCCUUCUCCCAUCCUCAUCAUUUCCUAUGAGACCUUCCGCCUUCAUGUGGGAGUCCUCCAGAAAGGAAGUGUUGGCUUGGUCAUUUGUGACGAGGGGCACAGACUCAAGAACUCUGAGAAUCAGACUUACCAGGCCCUGGACAGCUUAAACACCAGCCGGCGGGUGCUCAUCUCUGGGACCCCCAUCCAGAACGAUCUGCUCGAGUAUUUCAGCUUGGUGCACUUUGUUAAUUCAGGCAUCCUAGGGACUGCCCAGGAGUUCAAGAAACAUUUUGAGUUGCCGAUUUUAAAGGGUCGAGAUGCAGCUGCCAGUGAGGCAGAGAGGCAGCUGGGAGAGGAGCGGCUGCGGGAGCUCACCAGCAUCGUGAAUCGGUGCCUGAUACGGAGAACAUCUGAUAUCCUUUCUAAAUAUCUGCCUGUGAAGAUUGAGCAGGUGGUUUGUUGCAGGCUAACAUCCCUGCAGACUGAGUUAUACAAGAGGUUUCUGAGACAGGCCAAGCCGGCAGAAGAGUUACGUGAGGGCAAGAUGAGUGUGUCUUCCCUUUCUUCUAUCACCUCGCUAAAGAAGCUUUGUAAUCAUCCAGCUCUAAUCUAUGACAAGUGUGUGGAAGAAGAGAAUGGUUUUGAGGGUGCCUUAAACAUUUUCCCCCCUGGUUAUAGCUCUAAGGCUCUAGAGCCCCAGCUGUCAGGUAAGAUGCUGGUCCUUGAUUACAUUCUGGCAGUGACCCGAAGCUGCAGCAGCGACAAAGUAGUGCUGGUGUCCAAUUACACCCAGACACUAGAUCUCUUUGAGAAGCUCUGCCGUGCCCGAAGGUACUUGUAUGUCCGUCUGGAUGGCACGAUGUCCAUUAAGAAGCGAGCCAAGGUUGUGGAACGCUUCAAUAGUCCAUCGAGCCCUGACUUUGUCUUCAUGCUGAGCAGCAAAGCUGGGGGCUGUGGCCUCAAUCUCAUUGGGGCUAACCGGCUGGUCAUGUUCGAUCCUGACUGGAACCCAGCCAAUGAUGAGCAAGCCAUGGCCCGGGUCUGGCGUGAUGGUCAAAAGAAGACCUGCUAUAUCUACCGCCUGCUAUCUGCAGGAACCAUUGAGGAGAAGAUCUUCCAGCGUCAGAGCCACAAGAAGGCGCUGAGCAGCUGUGUAGUGGAUGAGGAGCAGAAUGUAGAACGGCACUUCUCUCUGGGCGAGUUGAAGGAGCUGUUUACCCUGGAUGAGGCUAGCCUCAGUGACACACAUGACAGGUGGGUGGAGUACCCCACCAUUAUCUCUGUGCUACCUGCUCAGCAUGGAAAUGCGCCCUGUAGUGACCAGUGCUGUUCCACCCUCAGGUUACGCUGCCGCCGUUGUGUCAACAGCCGCCAAGUCUGGCCACCCCCUGAUGGUUCUGACUGCACUUCAGACUUGGCUCAGUGGAACCAUAGCACUGAUAAGCGGAGCCUCCAAGAUGAGGUUCUCCAGGCUGCCUGGGAUGCUGCUUCCACUGCCAUUUCCUUUGUCUUCCAUCAGCGUUCCCAUGAGGAGCAGCGAGGGCUUCGCUGAUAGGCUGCUGAUCUGGGUG